AUGCUGGUUUGCUUCAGACUGUACGCUUGGCUCUUCUUCCUGUCCCGGGGCACCAUGGGCACUGGCUCCGGCAGCUACGCCACCAUCGCACCCACCGUCCUGGGUGACCUCUUUGUGAGGGGCCAGCGCACCCGUGUGCUGGCCGUCUUCUACAUCUUCAUCCCCGUGGGAAGUGGCCUGGGCUACGUGCUGGGGUCGGCUGUGACGGUGCUGACCGGGAGCUGGCGCUGGGCCCUACGAAUCAUGCCCUGCCUGGAGGCUGUGGCCUUGAUCCUGCUUAUCCUGCUGGUUCCAGACCCACCCCGGGGAGCUGCGGAGACGCAAGGGGAGGGGGCUGCAGGAGGCUCCAGGAGCAGCUGGUUCGAAGAUGUCAGAUACCUGGGGAGAAACUGGAGUUUUGUGUGGUUGACCCUCGGCGUGACUGCCAUGGCCUUUGUGGCUGGAGCCCUGGGCUUCUGGGCCCCCAAGUUUCUGCUCGAGGCACGCGUGGUCCACGGGCUGCAGCCUCCCUGCUUGCAGGAACCGUGCAGCAACCCCGACAGCCUGAUUUUUGGGUCACUGACCAUCAUAACCGGCGUCAUUGGGGUCAUCUUGGGGGCAGAAGUUUCGAGGAGGUACAAGAAAGUCAACCCAAGAGCCGAGCCCCUCAUCUGCGCCUCCAGCCUACUCGCCGCAGCCCCCUGCCUCUACCUGGCUCUCGUCCUGGCCCCGACCAACCUGCUGGUGUCCUACGUGUUCCUGGCCCUCGGCGAGCUGCUUCUAUCCUGCAACUGGGCGGUGGCUGCUGACAUCCUGUUGUCUGUGGUGGUGCCCAGGUGCCGGGGAACAGCAGAGGCGCUCCAGAUCAUGGUGGGCCACAUCCUGGGAGACGCCGGCAGCCCCUAUCUCAUGGGACUUAUCUCUAGUGCCCUGCGGGCCAGGCGUCCCGACACCUACCUGCAGCGCUUCCUCAGCCUGCAACAGAGCUUCCUGUGCUGCGCCUUCGUGAUCGCCCUCGGGGGCGGCUGCUUCCUGCUGACUGCGCUGUACCUGGAGAGAGACCGGGCCCAGGCCUGGCAGCCUGGCACAGGGACCCCAGACAGCAAGGAUGUGGACAGCAAGGACCUGGAGAGACAAGCCCUGCUUUCUGGCACUGGGGCCUCCACAGAGGAGCCCUGAGGCGCCCGCCUGCACCCGCCCCGCCUGCACGCCUCCCGCCCGUCCCCAUGGUAGCAAUGCCUCCGUUCCUCUUUGGCUGUCCUCGGGGACUCCGGCUGAGGCGCAUCUGCCACUUUUGCGUUCCCGGCUGGAGAGCUGGCAGGACCCCGUGGCUGGGCUGGGAAUUGAGCUGUCAGCACCCUGCGUGGGAGGCCUGGGCCUGUGCCUGCGGCCCGGCUCACGGCUGCUCCGGCCUGGGGUCCUCAGCCUGGCUACUGUGGGGCCGGUACAAAUCCCGUGGAUUUCAGGCCCGUA